AGCAUCGGUUAUUUACUAUAGUUGUUGACAAAUCAGCGCGAAGUUGGUAUUGUUUCAUAAUGACCACACUGUACUUUGUGCUGAUAUUGGCUGUGGUAGCUAGCGCGACUGCGCAUCCUGUUGAGGAAAGUAGAGUGAAGCGACAAGCGCUUGGCGGUGAAUCAUUGCAAGACCCAAAUGACCCGAAAUACAAAAAAUUGGCAGAAGAAUCGUUUGAAAAGUACCGUGUGACUAACCCAGGCGGCCAAAUAAAUGUUAAAGACCUCAAAGUAACCAAGGUGACCACACAAGUUGUUGCUGGCUCCAAAACGCGUAUUGAUUUCACUGUAACCCCUACCAAUGGAGAUGUUAUUACGUGUCAUUCUGAGAUAUUUGAACAGGCGUGGCUAAACAAGAAAGAAAUUGACGUAAAUUGCAAUCUUAAUCAACAGAAAAGUAAAGUGAAGAGACAAGUCCCUGGCGGCGAAACAGAGCAAGACGCUAAUGACCCAAAAUACAAGGCGUUGGCGCAAGAAUCGUUUGAAAAGUACCGCACAACUAACCCUGGCGGGCAAAUAACUCCCAAAGAACUCAAAGUAACCAAAGUAACCACAGCAGUAGUUGCUGGGACUAUGACGAGUCUCGACUUCACUGUAACUCCCACCAAUGGCGAGGAUAUUGCAUGCCACUCUGAGAUUUGGGAACAGCCGUGGAUUCAAAAGAAGGAAAUUAAAGUAGACUGUAAUUUAAAUAAAUCGCAAAGUAAAGUGAAGAGACAAAUUGCUGGCGGAGAAAUGGAGCAAGACCCAAAUACCGAAGAGAACAAAAAAUUAGCACAAGAAUCGCUUGAGAAGUAUAGCGAGACCAAUCCUGGCGGACCAAUUAAAGCUAAGAGAAUCAAAGUAACAAAAGUAACUACCCAGGUUGUUUCCGGUGUGAUGACUCGUCUAACCUUCACCGUGGAGCCUGUCAACGGUGAGGAGUUUACAUGCCAUUCUAAGGUUUGGGAGCAGUCGUGGCACAACAUGAAGGACUUUACUGUAACUUGUGAUUUGAAACGCGAGCAAAGUAGAGGGAAACGACAAGUGCCUGGCGGCAUAGCAUCGCAGGACGCUAAUGACCCAGUAUACAAGAAAUUGGCGCAAGAAUCGUUUGAAAAGUACCUCGCAACUAACCCAGGCGGCGAAAUAGAUGUUAAGGACCUCAAAGUAACCAAGGUGACCAAACAGGUUGUUGCUGGCUCCAGAACGCUUAUUGAUUUCACUAUAACCCCCACCAAUGGUGAAGCUAUUACGUGUCAUUCUGAAAUUAUAGAACAGAAAUGGCUAAACAACAAAGAAAUUACCGUAGAUUGCGACGUUAACCAACAAAAGAGCAAAGUGAGGAGACAAAUUCCAGGUGGAGAAGAGGAAAAAGAUCCAAAUGAUGAAAAGUACAAACAGUUGGCAGAUGAAUCGCUUGAGAAGUUUAGCGAGACUAACCCUGGCGGACCAAUUAAAGCUAAGCAAAUCAAAGUAACAAAAGUAACUUCCCAGGUAGUUUCCGGCUCCCUGACUCUUAUAACAUUCACCGUAGAACCUGCCAAUGGUGAGGAGUUUACAUGCCAUUCUAAGGUUUGGGAGCAGCCAUGGCUCAACAAGAAGGAAAUUACUGUAACUUGUGAUUUGAAAGACCAGGAGCUAAGUAGAGUGAAGCGACAAGUGCCUGGCGGUGUAAUAUUGCAAAACCCUAAUGACCCAACUUACAAACAACUGGCGCAAGAAUCGUUCGAAAAGUACCUCACAACUACCCCAGGCGGCCAUGUAGACGUUGAGAUACUCAUAAUAACCAGAGUGACCAGACAAGUUGUUGCUGGUUUAAAAACAGUUAUGGAUUUCUUUCAAAGCAAAAUGAGCGUACCAGGGGGUCAAUCAGAAAGAGAUCCAAAUGACCCAAAAUACAUGCAAUUGGCGCAAGAAUCUUUUACCAAAUAUUGUGAGACUAACCCAGGCGGACCAAUUGAUGUUAAAGAAAUCAAAGUCACCAAAGUAACUCACCAGGUAGUCGCUGGUUCCAUGACACGGAUUACGUUCACAGUGGAACCCACCGACGGUGAAAUAUUUACAUGCUAUGCUAAAAUUUGGGAGCAGCCGUGGCUUAAUAAGAAGGAAAUUGAAGUAACAUGUGAACCGGACGACUACCAAACUGAGAUCUCCUAUGGAUAUGGAACAGGAGAGCAAGAGGAGCAAGAUCCAAGUGAUCCAAAAUACCAAAAUAUGGCCGAAGAAGUAGUACGUUUCCACUUGAAUGUAACGAAACAGGAUACGAAAAAAGUAACAGUGUCUAAGGUUACGACACAAGUAGUGGCAGGACUCCUCACUCGAAUACAAUUCCGUGUUUUCCUCGUCAACGGUAAAUCGGCAUUGUGUAAUUCUGAAAUAUGGGAUCAAUCUUGGAAAGAUUUAAGAGUUGUAACUUUUAAGUGUGACUCGCUGUUUUCCAAUAAACGACUAAGCUCCAGAGUCAAUUCUCGAAUCGCAGUAACACGGAACCCUAAAAACCCUAAAUACCUAAAUUUAGCAAAUGAGGCUCUUGACGUUUUCCUUAAAACUCGAGGCAGUAAACUUUUUAACAAAGAAGAUGUAAAAUCAGUAUCUGUAACAAGUGUAAAAGUAAAGAUAGGUUCACAAAUAACAAAUGCCCUUGUUUUCGAUGUUACCACUCUCAAUAACGGUAAAUUUGAAUGUGAGGGUGUAGUUUUGGAAUCACCAUGGAAAGCUUUAGAUAUGGUUGAAGUUACUAAUGUAAAUUGUGAUAUCAGUAAAGGAGACGCAACAAAAGGUCUUCUUACAGGGCAGUCGGGUAAAAAUAAACAGAUUGGCGGCCAAGUGCGCCAAAACCCUAAUGACUCUAAAUAUAAACGGUUAGCGGAAGAAUCUUUUAAGAGAUACUUACAGUCGCACACCAAUAUUAAAAUAAGUGUUAAAAAAUUAACGGUCGACACAGUAACCACCCAAGUGGUAGCCGGAACCAUGAUACGCAUUGAUUUCCACGUUGAUCCUAACAAAGGGUCGAGAAUUCCUUGUAAAUCUGAAAUUUGGGAAAAAGUUGAUGAUAAAUUAGAUUUUAACGUGAUGUGUCAGUUGAACGGUGAAAAAGUAGGAGGUCAAAAUGAGCAAGACCCUGAAGACCCCAAGUACAAACAACUAGCAGAAGAAUCUUUUCAGAAAUAUCGGCACACGCAUAUUGGCCCUCUUUUUGUUGUUAAAGAGAUUAAAGUGACCAGAGUAACCACACAGGUAGUUGCAGGUGUAGCCACUAAACUCGAUUUCAAUGUAAUUACUGACUCGAACCUCAGAUACCAUUGCCAUUCCGAGGUUUUGGAACAACCAUGGCGUCAAAUUAAAGAUAUUACAGUUAUGUGUGACCCGCUUAACAAGUUGUCUGCUUCUGCAAAUAGUCCGAAACUUAAUGAUGAUGUUGAUGAACGUGUAGGCGGCCAAACAAACGAAGAUCCCAAAGAUCCUAAGUACAAGAAAUUAGCAGAAGAAUCUUUUAAGAGAUACUUACAGUCGCACACCAAUAUUAAAAUAAGUGUUAAAAAAUUAACGGUCGACACAGUAACCACCCAAGUGGUAGCUGGAACCAUGAUACGCAUUGAUUUCCAUGUUGAUCCUAACAAAGGGUCGAGAAUUCCUUGUAAAUCUGAAAUUUGGGAAAAAGUUGAUGAUAAAUUAGAUUUUAACGUGAUGUGUCAGUUGAACGGUGAAAAAGUAGGAGCUCAAAAUGAGCAAGACCCUGAAGACCCCAAGUACAAACAACUAGCAGAAGAAUCUUUUCAGAAAUAUCGGCACACGUAUAUUGGCCCUCUAUUCGUUGUUAAAGAGAUUAAAGUGACCAGAGUAACCACACAGGUAGUUGCAGGUGUAGCCACUAAACUCGAUUUCAAUGUAAUUACUGACUCGAACCUCAGAUACCAUUGCCAUUCCAAGGUUUUGGAACAAACAUGGCGUCAAAUUAAAGAUAUUACAGUUAUGUGUUACCCGCUUAACAAGUUGUCUGCUUUUGCAAACAGUCCGAAACUUAAUGAUGAUGUUGAUGAACGUGUAGGCGGUCAAACAAACGAAGAUCCCAAAGAUCCUAAGUACAAGAAAUUAGCAGAAGAAUCUUUUAAGAGAUACUUACAGUCGCACAUCAAUGUUAAAAUAAGUGUUAAAAAACUAACGGUCGACACAGUAACCACCCAAGUGGUAGCUGGAACCAUGAUACGCAUUGAUUUCCAUGUUGAUCCUAACAAAGGGUCGAGAAUUCCUUGUAAAUCUGAAAUUUGGGAAAAAGUUGAUGAUAAAUUCGAUUUUAACGUGAUGUGUCAGUUGAAUGGUGAAAAAGUAGGAGGUCAAGAUGAGCAAGACCCUGAAGACCCCAAGUACAAACAACUAGCACAAGAAUCUUUCCACAAAUAUCGGCAUACUCAUAUUGGUCCCCUAUUUCAUGUUAAAGAGAUUAAAGUGACCAGAGUAACCACACAGGUAGUUGCAGGUGUAGCCACUAAACUCGAUUUCAAUGUAAUUACUGACUCGGACCUCAGAUACCAUUGCCAUUCCGAGGUUUUGGAACAACCAUGGCUACAAAAUAAAAAUAUUGAAGUGAAUUGUUUCUCACCUUCUAAACUAACGCUAUCUAAAUCUGCCAGCAGGCUAAAAGUUAAAGGGGGUAUUAACAUAAUAGAUGAAGCCAUUGCCGAUUACUUUGAAAAAUUUGAUCAUCAGCAAUGGACAGUUGAGAACAGCGUGAUUAGGAGUUCUAAUAAAACACGGACACGUUAUGGUAAAGAAGAUAUUAGUUAUUCUAAAGUGGACGUAUUCGCAUCCACCAGGAACGGUGACUACAGUUAUUACAAUUGCAGUGCGGUUUUUGCUACAAAUAAAUUGAAUGAAGAGAUCCCAAUUGGCGUAAAUUGUAAUAAACAUACAUCGCUGCUCGGUAGAACUGAUUGGAGGGAUCCUUCUGAUAAGAUGUUUUUAACUCUAGCCCAAAAUGCGAUAAAGCAAUACAUGAGAACUACAAAUAACAAGGUUGGUCUGAGAGGAAGGUAUGACGUCGUAGUUACUUUUGCUGCCAGUAGUUUAGCCGCAGGAAGGUGGUAUGCCAUAAACUUUGUGGUUCGACCGCUGAAGGCGGAUGUAAAUGGAUUGAAGUGCUAUACACGUGUUUGGGAAGACUUGAAAGGAAAACAAACAAUCACUGAAGUAACUUGUGACUAUAAUAAUACAAAUCAAAAACGGUACAAAUCGUUGAAAUUAUACUACAAUCGUGCGCACCGUAUUAGUAUGCAUUUAAAUAUAUUAUUAUUAUUCCUGCUAACAUCAGGCUGGGUCUGCUACGGCGAUGAGACAAACAGAAUAAUAGGAGGAGUACAAGAGCAAGAUGCAAGUGAUCCUAAAUAUCAAAACAUGGCUAAUGAACUAGUACACUACUAUCUAAAUGUCAGAGACCAAGACAAAAAAAAUGUUACAGUUAUUAAAGUUACGACACAGGUGGUUUCAGGAAUCAUCACUAAAAUACAACUCCGAUUAUUCCUGGUUAGUGGCAAAUCGACAACAUGUGAUUUCAAAAUAUGGGAACAAAAAUGGAAGGAUGUAAAACAUGUAACUCAUAAAUGUGAUUCGGUGUUUCUUGAAAAAUUAAGUUCCAGCAAUUUACAUCGACCUGAGAAAGAUCGGAACCCUACAAAUCUUAAAUACCAAAACAUAGCACAAGUAUCUAUUGAUACCUUAUUUGAAAGCCCCGGCCGUAAGCCUUUUGAAAAAAAAGAUAUAAAGGAAAUAUCUGUAGGCAAAACAAAAGUAGAGAUAAAUGCUGAAAUAAAAAUUACUGUUGAAAUCCAUGUGAUUACAGUCAAUAAUGACCAUUUUAAAUGUACUAGUAGGGUUAUCGAAGCUCCGUGGUCACUCGAAAAUCCAGCAAAGAUCACUGAAGUAAACUGCACGAAAGCGAAUGGUGAUACUGAAAAUGAACCAGGUGGACUAGAAUCCCAAAAUCCUAAGGAUCCUCAGUAUAAAGAAUUAGCAAUAGAAUCUUUAAAAAACUUUGAACAAAUUGACAACUUAAAACAGGUAAAUGUAACUAAAGUGACCACGCAAGUAGUUUCUGUAAUUAUCACUCGUAUAGAUUUCACUGUUAUCCCUAUUAAAGGUGAGUCAUACUCAUGCCAUUCAGAGAUUAUAGGGAAAAUAACCGUAAGUACUAAGAUUUUUAAAGUAUCCUGCGAUAAAAAAGAUAGCUCAAAGAUGCCUGGUAGCCUAAUACCUCAAAAUCCUGAAGAUCCAAAGUAUAAACAGUUAGCAAUGGAAUCUUUUGAAAAUUAUCAACAAACUAAUGAUUUCAUAGGAUUUAAAACGCUGAAAGUAACUAAAGUAACCACGCAAGAAAUAUCCGGAAUUAUCACUCAAUUAGAGUUCAUUGUGGUUCCAACUAAAGGCAAAAGUUUUGCAUGCCGUUCACAAAUCAUAGAACAAAAGUGGGUUCAUAAUAAGGUCAUCAGCGUUACCUGCGACAGGCAAAAGAACCCACAGAUUCCCGGUGGCCUUGUACCCCAAAAUCCUAACGAUCCCAAGUUUAAACAAUUAGCAAUGGAAUCUUUUCAAAAUUAUCAAGAAACUAAUGGUUUGAUAGGAUUUAAAAAGCUGAAAGUAACUAAAGUAACCACGCAAGUAGUAUCCGGAAUUAUCACUCAAUUAGAGUACAUUGUGGUUCCAAAUAAAGGCAAAAGUUUUGCAUGCCGUUCACAAAUCAUAGAACAAAAGUGGGUUCAUAAUAAGGUCAUCAGCGUUACCUGCGACAGGCAAAAGAACCCACAAAUUCCCGGUGGCCUAGUACCCCAAAAUCCUAACGAUCCCAAGUAUAAACAAUUAGCAACAGAAUCUUUCGAAAAAUAUCAACAAACUAAUGGCUUUGUAAAAAUUAAAAAGCUCAAAGUGAAUAAAGUAACCACGCAAGUAGUCUCUGGAGUUAUCACUUCGAUAUAUUUCAAUGUGAUCCCUAAGAGAGGUAAAUCAUUUGCAUGCUGUUCACAAAUCAUAGAACAAAAGUGGGUUCAUAAUAAGAUCAUCACUGUCACAUGUGACAGGCAAAAUAACCUACUGGAUACCGGUGGCUUAGUACCCCAAAAUCCUAACGAUCCCAAGUACAAACCAUUAGCAAUAAAAUCUUUCAAACAACAUCAAAAAACUUAUCGCUAUGUAAAAGUUAAGGACAUCAAGGUGACUAAAGUAACCACGGAAAAGGUUCCUGGAUUUAUCACUCGAAUUGAGUUCGAUGUGAUUCCUAUAACAGGCAAAUCAUUAUCAUGCCGUUCAGAGCUUGUACAGCAAAAUUGGGUUACAAGCAUCACUUGUUACAGGAAAAAGUACCCACUGGUUCCCGGCGGUGAAUUGUCUCAAAAUCCUGACCUUCUUAAGUACAAAAAUUUGGCAAAAGAAUCAUUCAAAAAGUUCCAGGAAACUAAUGGUGUUACUAUAGUUAAACACAUCAAAGUACAUAAGGUAACCACUCAGGUUGUAGCGAUUGCGGGCAUAAUCACUCGAAUUGAUUUUACUGUGACUCCUAUCAAAGGCGAACCACUCAUAUGCAAUUCUGAAAUUUUUGAACAGAAAUGGGUUCAAGGUAAAAAUAUAAUCAAAGUGAACUGUGAGAUAUCUCAAAAUCCUGAUAAUCCCAAGAGCAAAGUCGGAAGUGAAGAUGAACAAAACCCUGACAACCUAAGUACUACCAAUUAGCGAAAGAAUCAUUUC